CCUAUUACCUCUUUGGCCAAUUUAAAAGAGGAAUAAAAUGACCCUUUUUUGCUGAUGAGGCAGUCAUAUAUGCAGACCACCAAAUAUUGUGCGGUGUUUGUCUACAUGCGCUAGGCCCCACCUGCAUUAUUUUUUAUUUUCCCUCAUUAAUUGUAACCCGACCCAUACCCAUACCAAAAUCUAAAAUUACCCAUUUCUCUUAAUCAGCCCCAUUUCUCAAAUCCCUAACCCAAAACCCGAUCGACUCCAUUUCAACCCUAAACUUUAUUAACAAUAUUAUUGCGUCCACUCUUUAAGGUUGGAUUCGUACUUCAUUUGUUGGUGUUGCUCCUUGUGCAUCAAGUGAAGGUUAGUUUUUAACAUUUUUUUUUGAAAAAACGAGUGUAGGGUUUUGUGCUUUGCCCCUUUUGGUUAAUCUAGUUUUAAACAACAAAUUUUGAUUUUCCCAUCUGUAAUUAGCAUAUGUAGUUUCAUGUACCUGUUGUUUAACUCUAGUAUGGUUUAGACUAGGGUUUCAACUUAUUGUGCAUAUGCUUACCAUUUUUUGCGAUUCAGUUGUACAUAUUUAGUUUAUUUAUUAAGAAUGUUAUUCGUUAUUAACAAUACAUAAUGUUUUGUAUUUAGGUAGAAGAUUCUUUGAUUUUGUCUAUGUAACCUUAAGAUGGUACCAUGAGGGUUUGUUAGACUUAAGUAGUGGGGAACCAAUAGAUGAAGGUGCGGAUGUUACUGAUGUAUUUGAUGUUGAUAUUGAUAUGUUGUCCUAUUUUGAGUUGAGAGACUUCAUUAAUGAAUUGGGAUACUCAACUACUUGCACAUUUAGUAUUAAGCCACCUAAUAGUGGCAUUUUGGUAGAUGUUGAGAGUGAUAGGGUUAUUUUAGACAUGAGUGUGUCUUUGAAAAGUGGUGAUAUUGUGGAGGUUUUUGUCCAACACAUGGUUGAAGAACUAGAAUUGGGCCCACCUUUAUUAGAAUAUGUUAGUCUUGAGGAUAGGGAGGAAUCUUGUUCAGCUUUUAAUAAAAGGGUUGAUGACAUUGGGGCUGAUGAAAUUGGGAGUAAUGAAAGGGUUGUUGAGGAGCCCUUAAAUGAUCCCAUUACACCUUGUUCCUUUACUUCUAAAAUUGCUGAAAAAACACCAUCUCCUACCUGUACUACACCUGCUGCUACUGCUGAAAAAACGCCACCUCAUUCCUCUUUCACAUCUGAUUUUACUGCUGCUGAUAAUACACUACCUCCCACCUCCUUUACACCUGCUGCUACUGCUGCCGAAAAUGCAGUAUGUCUUUCAUCUUCUACACCUGCUGCUACUGAAAAUACAGAUGGUAAUCCUCCUCUUGAAGAUGAUGUAGGUCCAGUUGGAUCUAAUUCUUUAGAUGAGGGUUCUGAUUUCUCAACCGAUGAUAGUGAACAAUCUGUACAUGAGAUAGAAGGGAAUGAUGAGGAGGGAUAUGCAAGUGAUGAUCCUGAAGAGGUUAGAGAGUUGAGGGCUGAAAGAAGGAGUGUAAUUCAGAGGAGAAAAAGAAGAGAGAGGGCUAAACCUGAUAGUGAAGAGGUACCAGCAGGUGAAGCUGGCGUGGAUCUUGGUUUUGAUGAAAUUGAAAUAGGUAGGGUUAGUCUUGAGGGAAGGUUAGGAGGUGAUGAGCCCUACUAUGGAAGUUCUGAUGAUGAUAGUUUUGAAAUAGAUGAGGAUGAGUGCUGGGAUAAUGAAGAAGAUAUUGAAUCUGGUGGGGUAAAUGUGCCAAGAAAGAACAAUGCUAAGAACAAAAUCAUUCAUGACCCAACUGCCAAGAAAGUUGUUUGGCAGUUGGGUAUGGUCUUUAAAGAUGUUAAUGAGUUCAGGGGAGCUGUAACAAAAUAUGCUGUGCAAAAAAGGGUUCCAGUAGAAAAGUUUGUGAAUGAGCCAAAAAGGGGUUAGGGUUAGGUGCAGGGAUGGUUGUCCAUGGGUAUUGUAUGCUAAACUUGACAACACCACAAAUGAUUUCCAAAUAAAAACUUACAAUCCAAAGCAUAGUUGCCUUCAAAGCACCAGAAAUUACUUGUGUAAUGCAAAGUUUAUUGUUGAAGUGUAUAGAAAGAGAAUAACUGAGCAGCCAAACAUUAGAGUGUUUAAAUUGCAAGAACUAAUUAGGAAAAAGUUUGACCUUCAUGUUGGUAAGACUACUGUUAGGAGAGCUAGAGCAAAAAUACUGAAAGAAAUCAUGGGUGAUUAUAUUUUGGAAUUUGGAAGAAUCCUUGACUACAAGGAUGAAUUGUUAAGGACCAAUCCUGGGAGCACUUGUGUAGUUAAACUUCUUUGUACCAAAUGUUGAUGGUAGGCUUGUUUUCAAGAGCUUUUACAUCUGUUUUGAUGCUUUGAAGAAAGCAUUUCAGCACUGUAGAAAAUGUAUUGGUAUGGAUGGGUAUUUCUUGAAAAGGGGUUUGUAGAGGGCAGUUGUUGGUGGCUGUGUGUAAAGAUGGUAAUAACCAAAUGGUGCCUCUAUCAUGUGCUGUAGUUGAGUAUGAAAACAAGACCACUUGGACUUGGUUUAUCAGGAUUUUAAAGGAAGAUUUUGCACUUGGAGAUGGGGUAGAUUUAACCUUGAUAACAGAUAUGCAAAUGGGGCUAUUUGCUGCUAUUCAGGAUUUGCUACUUGCUGCUGAACACAGAAGCUGUGCUAGACAGAUCUUGGCUAAUUUCAGCAAAGAUUGGAGAGGCCUCCAAAGGAGACAACAGUUCUG